CAAACCCUCUAACCCUCUCUUCGUAGGGUUUCGAUUAUAUCCUCUUCACUCUGAGAGAAACGCAUUACGAAGCGGAAAUAGAGAAGCCAAUAAUUUUCUAUUCUUUCUCAGAGAGAGGAUUAUAAUCUUCGACUAAAGGCUAUAACUUAUAUCGAUCGCCCCCAAAGAAGAUUCUUUGUUGUGGGGAAGAUUACUCAACUAAGGAAGUAGAUCUUCGUUUUUGAAUUCAAUUAAGAAAUAUGGUUUCGGACGCAAGCAAGAAGAAGGCAGCCCAAAAGAAGGCCGCUGCAGCUGCUAAGAGAGGAGGAAAAGCUGCUGCCGCAGCAUCAUCUAAAGCGGCGGCAUCAGCAGAUGCCCAGGAUGGAGGCGUUGAGAAGUUAUCUAAUGGAGUCUCCUCGCUUCAGAUAUCCGAUCGGAAUUGCACUGGUGUGCUCUGUUCUCAUCCUCUAUCGAGAGAUAUUCAUAUAGAGUCCUUAUCAGUUACCUUCCAUGGUCACGAUCUCAUUGUGGAUUCUGAUCUGGAACUUAAUUAUGGCAGGCGGUAUGGGCUGCUUGGACUGAACGGAUGUGGGAAAUCUACCCUUCUUGAGGCAAUUGGGAACCGAGAACUUCCUAUUCCGGAGCACAUGGAUAUCUAUCACCUCACCAGGGAGAUUGAUGCUUCUGACAUGACUUCUCUUGAGGCUGUAAUAAAUUGUGAUGAGGAGAGGCUAAAAUUAGAAAAAGAAGCUGAAACCCUUGCAGCAGAGGAUGGUGGUGGUGGCGAAGCCUUGGAGCGCAUUUAUGAACGCUUGGAAGCUUUGGAUGCAGCAACUGCAGAGAAGCGUGCUGCUGAGAUCUUGUUUGGUCUUGGAUUCGACAAAAAGAUGCAAGCUAAAAAAACUCGGGAUUUCUCAGGUGGCUGGAGAAUGAGGAUUGCUUUAGCACGGGCCCUGUUCAUGAAUCCAACAAUCCUUUUGCUUGAUGAACCCACAAACCAUCUAGAUUUAGAGGCUUGUGUUUGGUUGGAAGAGAUGUUGAAGAAUUUUGAGCGCAUAUUGGUUGUAAUAUCGCACUCACAGGACUUCCUGAAUGGUGUCUGCACAAAUAUUAUCCACAUGCAGAGCAAAAAGCUGAAGCUCUAUACUGGCAACUAUGACCAGUAUGUUCAGACCCGUUCUGAACUCGAGGAGAACCAGAUGAAGCAAUAUAAGUGGGAGCAGGAGCAGAUUGCAUCAAUGAAAGAGUAUAUUGCUAGGUUUGGGCAUGGAUCAGCAAAGCUGGCACGCCAAGCACAGAGUAAAGAGAAAACAUUGGCAAAGAUGGAGCGGGGAGGUCUGACUGAGAAGGUGGCGAGGGACAAGGUGCUGAUAUUCCGUUUUACUGACGUGGGGAAGCUGCCCCCACCAGUGCUUCAGUUUGUGGAGGUUUCAUUUGGCUAUACCCCUGAUAAUCUGAUCUACAAGAACAUUGACUUUGGGGUGGAUCUUGAUUCAAGAGUAGCUUUGGUGGGGCCAAAUGGGGCUGGGAAGAGUACGCUGCUGAAGUUGAUGACAGGGGAGCUGGUUUCCCAAGAGGGUAUGGUCAGGCGGCACAACCAUCUGAGAAUUGCACAGUUCCAUCAGCACUUGGCAGAGAAGCUGGAUGUGGAGAUGUCUGCGCUUCAGUACAUGAUGAGAGAGUAUACUGGCAACGAGGAAGAGAAGAUGAGGGCAGCUAUUGGUAAGUUUGGCUUGACGGGCAAGGCUCAGGUGAUGCCAAUGAAGAAUCUGUCAGAUGGCCAAAGGAGCCGGGUGAUAUUUGCAUGGUUGGCAUGGAGGCAGCCCCACAUGCUGCUUCUGGAUGAGCCAACCAACCAUCUUGACAUUGAGACAAUUGACUCACUAGCAGAGGCACUGAAUGAAUGGGAUGGAGGCUUGGUUCUGGUCAGCCAUGACUUCAGGCUUAUCAAUCAAGUGGCGAAAGAGAUAUGGGUGUGUGAGAACCUGGCUGUAACCCCAUGGCAUGGUGGCAUUAUGGACUUUAAGGAGCACCUCAGGAAGAAGGCUGGUCUAUCUGUUUGAGUGGUUGGGGAUCAGGUUCCUGGGAUCACGGGAUCACGUUUUCUUUAAUAUACUGCAUUAUAAUUUCAGUCAUUUAUGACCUAAUAUUGUAGCCUAGGAUCUAUAAUUUGCUGUACCGGGUGCAUGUCCCUCAAAGUUUGAGUCAGAUGAGAUUAGGGCAACGGAGCAGUAAAUCGAGUCCCGGUGACAUUAUUAAACCGGGUGUUUAUCUAUUUGCUUUGCAGGAAUAGGAGUUGUUAUAUUUAGUCCAUUCUUAUUGAUUCUCCAAUUUAUUUGAUUGAUUGGAGAAACUAUAUAUGUGAGAUUCUGUUUUGGCAGAUGCACUGCCGAUUUGAACAUUGCUAAUGUCUUGGUCUUCCUUUUUUUAUUCUCGAGUUGUACACGAACGAGAUAAAGGAGAUAAAACUCUUUUAAGGUUAUGUCCA